AUGCUCGGGGAGCGGAUGCGCGGGAGUCAGGGGUCGAAGUUCGACUAUUUGAGUCGGUUGGUCGAGUCGAAGAAGUUUACGGAGAAGGAGGCUGUGCCUCAGAUUAUGACGAUUAUGGCUGCAGGCUACGAAACAGCCGGCAGCACACUCGCAUGGACGAUCUACUGUCUGGCCGCACAUCCAGGAGUCCAGAAAGCCCUACGCCAGGAGCUGCACGAACACAUGGCCCAGGAGUCCUCAUCCGAGGGCCAAAACAGCCAAUACGACAAACUCCCCCUCCUGAACGGCGUCGUGAUGGAAACCGCCCGCCUCUACCCAGCCUUCCCCUUCCUGCCUCGCAAGACCAUCGAAGCGACGACCAUCGGCGGCCGCCAUGUGCCCGCAGGCGUGUACAUCGGGAUCUGCCCGAUCGCCAUCAACCACGCGCGACACCUCUGGGGCGCUGAUGCCGACACCUUCCGGCCCGAGCGGUGGAUCGACCGCUCGGAUCCGGCGCGUCCGGUGCAGAAUCCGCUCGGGGGCUCCGUGGCCCCCGUGUGCAUGAUGUCGUUCGGGUAUGGGGCGCGAAGCUGCGUGGGUAGGCCCUUGGGUCUGGCCCUGAUUAAACGCCAGGUUGCGGUGCUGGUGCAGAGGUUUCAGCUGGAGCAGGCGAGUGUGUUGGAUCAGCCGAGUCCGGAGGGGUUGUUUGCUGCUGGGCCGCCUCCGGGGUUGCAGGUUCGGUGUACGAGGAUUUCUGCUUAGUUGGUUAGUUGGUUAUUUGCUGAGAGUUGUUAUGAGUGGAAGGAGUUAGAUUGGUGGAGUGGUUAAAAUGAUG